UCGCCUUCCCACACACGUCCAAGGACACGUUUAACCUAUAUAUACACCCUCCGUGCUGGGGUUGAUAAACAAUUAAUAAACAAGCCCCGGAGUCCCUGAAAAUGAUAGCAAACGUGUUUUAAGUGUUGACGUGCAGAUAAUCUCGUGCACAUCCACUGCAUGAACUCUCCCCAAUCAGUAUUAAAUAACAAAAACUUUUCAUUCAAUCAACAAAUACUGUCUCAGCUCAACAGAACCCCCAAAACAUCGGUUUUCACAGAUGUAUCGGUGUUUAUAAAGCAUUCUAUCGAUAAUAAAAGUGCACUGGAGCCUGUGAUUUGCGAGUGAUCAGGCGAAGAUGCCUUGCUGGUACUAUGAUAAGAAAGAAUUACGACAUACUCCAUCGAUACAGGAUGGAAUUGACUACGAGACUGAGUGCAGGUACAGAAAGGAAGGGGCCAGAUUCAUCAUUGAUACUGGAACAAAACUGGAGCUUGGCUACAAUACAAUGGCAACUGGAGUCGUUUAUUUCCAUAGAUUCUACAUGUUCCAUUCGUUCAAACAGUUUCCUCGAUAUGUGACUGCCUGCUGCUGUCUUUUCCUGGCUGGCAAGGUCGAGGAGACACCCAAAAAGUGCAAGGACAUCAUCAAGACUGCUAAGACACUUCUGACUGAACAGAAAUUCCUGACAUUUGGUGAAGAUCCCAAGGAGGAAGUCAUGACGUUGGAGAGGAUUUUACUGCAGACGAUUAAGUUCGAUCUACAGGUGGAACAUCCCUACAGCUAUCUCCUGAAAUAUGCCAAGUGUCUGAAAGGAGACAAGGGUAAACUCCAAAAAAUGGUGCAAAUGGCGUGGACAUUCGUAAACGACAGUUUAUGCACGACAUUAUCACUCCAGUGGGAGCCAGAGAUAAUAGCUGUGGCUCUCAUGUACCUAGCAGGUAAACUGAGUAAAUUCGAGGUUGUGGAUUGGAACGGUCGUCAGCCAAAACAUCUGCGAUGGUGGGAUAUGUUCGUGGAAGACGUCACCAUGGAUUUAUUAGAGGAUAUUUGUCACCAAGUCCUGGAUCUCUACUCCCAAACGAACAACGCCAAGACCCCCGACUCACCGCCCCUCAUCCCAUCGAACAAUCGAGGACCAGAGACUGCAGUUGUUGUGCCGAAUAUCGAAUCUGCAUCGAGCACACCAAACGCUGUCACCCCCUGCAAAAUUCCUAAAAUUGACUCGACGAUUCCCGUCGUGGCGGCAGCCUCAAACGGUUGUCUCCCAACGGAACCAAUUGACACAGCGAAACCCAUGGAGAUGCCGGGCCACUUCCCACCGUAUCCAGGGGGUUUUCCGCCGGCUGCUGCCUACCCAGCUGUGUUUCCACCAGCGAACAUAUCGGUACCACCGCCACCGCCAGUCAAUCCCAUGAACCACAUUGUCCCACCUAUUCGUCUGGGCCCUACACCCCCCAUUCGUUCCAAUCCCCCAACUCCCACUGCACCCCCACCAGCACCGUUUCCAGCCUAUGGAUACCCACCCAUGGUACACUUUCCACCUGGCAAUCCACCCACUGGAGGACCUGGUGGAGCAGCUCCACCACCUCCACUGCCCAAUAAUCCUCCUCGCAACUACUAUCCACCUCAACCUUGAUAUUCGUCAUCGGGGCUUCGACGUAAUUGGAAAAUAGAGGUCAUGCAAUUUACUCCUCUCAUUUUAAUGAUAAUGCUAACGACCUGGGACUUAUUGAAUUGGAAUGAAGCGAAGUGAAACCUGAAUUUAGGGAAAGUUCUCUGGCAAUAUCGUGGCAUUUAUGAGGGACACACAUUUUUCGGAGAAUUUUUUGAGUAAAAAUUCGUGCAGAUUCACCGGUGAAAAUGAUUAAUAGAAAAACCUAAAAUU